AUGACCGAUCUUCAUCAGGUCGCGAAGUCCUUGAGAAUCGGUACGGAAUGGGUCCUGGCGGUUCGCUGGUAUAAUAAGCAGGAGCGAGGCAGGGCCACUAGCGUCGACGACGGGCGAUGUGUCAUCACCAAGAAGCAAGAGGAUAGACUGAACGAGUUCAUCAAGGGCGAGCACGAGGCGGGACGUCAGGUCUUUCGCCGAACCGUCAUAGAUUACUUGGAGUGUUCGUACGGAUUAGAGAUGUCGAAUCGUGCCGUGGGAGGGUUGCUGCAGUGCCUUGUCUUGAAGCGCCGUACGGGGGGGAUCAAAAUACCUCCGUUGAACGAGGAGAGGAAAAACCGCAUCCGUCUCUUUCUUGUUGAGAUGAACCUCGCGAAGAGGGUCGAGGACGCUGGGGUCGCAGUCAUUGUGUCCAUAGAUGAGAGCUUUGUUCACCACGCGCAUGGUUCCGCGUACUCGUGUUACUUUCCUUCUGACGAUAAGGGGGUCGUGCAGGAUGGGAUAGGCCGUACAACGGGGAAAGGUUUGCGUAUAUUCAUGGUGGAUGCAAUCACGGUGCACAGGCCCUCGGCCGAGCUAAAGGAGGGAUUUCCUAUCCGUGAGGGUUGGUUCAAGGCUAAAGAAAAUCGUGCGAAGAAGAUGAAGCCUGCGGAGGCGGAUUUCGAAACGUCAGAUGAGCAGACAGCAGAACUUCUGUGGCAGGCCAAGUUGGCAACUGGAAAUCAUCAUAACGCCAUGAUGGAUGGGAUGUUCAUGCAGUGGUUGAAGCACCGACUUACCCUGGCCUUCGAUGCGCAGUUCAAGAACAACAAGAUGUUUCUCGUUCUCGAUAGCGCCUCAUACCACCACUACUUUGACGAGGAGCUCAAGGUGCCCAAAACCAACAGUAAGAAGUACAACGUCGAACUCUUGCGUAAGUACGGUUGCAGGUCGUUCAAGGUGACGCGUGAAUCGAAGGGUAAGGCUGCUGAGGACAACUUCGAGGUGCCGGUGCAGGGGUUGUUAUCCAAUGCGAACCGCAAGAACAGCGUCAGCAAAGUAGAGAUAGCCUCCGUCACUCGGACGUACUUCAGAAAGAAUUUCCCACAACAGCUCGAGGAAAAGGCUGAGACGUACAUGAGGGAGAAGGGGUUGGGAGGGGGGGCGGGGGGUGUACUCAUAGUCGUGCAUGCCGUAGUCAUGAGACCAUUGACCUCGCAUCCCUGCAAAGCCGGGACGGAGCACGCCGGGUUCUCACUGGACCAGGCUCUCACAUCGCCAAGCGCGAAGCGCCGUGAGGGGCGGGACAUGUUGGAUAUCUCGAAGCAAAUCCGUCUCGGUUGGUAUGGAGAACCGGAAUGGGACGGUCAGGAGGGAGGGUGGAAGGCAGCCAAUUGUGGGAAGUUGGAGCAUGCUAUUUACAAGAUGAACAAGUGGAUCGGCCUGUAUGGUGGAAACCUGAGCGGUACGAUAGAUGGCCUGGAGUAUUCAGUGGCAGAUUACCAAGAGGCUAUGGCCGAGGAUGAGAUAGAGGAUGGGGUGGAGGAGCAGACGGAUGAGUGGCUGGGUGAGGACGCGGAAGAUGCCAUUUAG